UAGAUCUGUAGCCCGCUGCUCUUCUCUCUCAUCUUUUAUCUCAUUAAAAUAUGUUUACAGCUAGCUAAUAGCACUGCUAUUGUAUCUGCUCUUAGUAUUCUCAUUGGAAUCAUCUAUACCUUUGUCAAUAAAAUUUGUUACUACAAAAAUUUAACAGAUAUAGUUACAGUAUAAUCAUGAUGUAAUUUUAUUAUAACUCUAAAUACAAUACAAUAUAAUUUAACUUUCAAAAGUUUCUUCAUGAUAUGUUUUUUUUUGAAGAAAUGAAGGUCGUGAGAACGAAUCCUCUCAUACGUGCGUGUUGUGGCCUUUUUACUUUCUCACUUGUACAAAUUUUAAAACAAAUUUAACAGUUUAAAAUUAUGUGAAAGUUACAUGCAAGUUAUAGUAUAAUUAUAUUACAAAUUUUUACUGUAAUUACAUCCGAUAAAUUUUGUCAAAAAAAAUAUAUAACAAAACUGUUAACGAACACCUUUUGUGGAUCGAUCCGAACAACUCUGAACUCUGAAGUGAAAUCCUUUUCGUUUUCGAAUCGGACUCACACUAAAUCUCCUCAUCUUUUUAUAUCACGAGCUAUCGUGCAAUUUAUCGUUGAUCGAUCGAAUCGUGGUGAAGAAAUCUGCAACGAAAACCGAUGGACGCCAACAUGCUGAGCGCGAUGAUGGCCGCCGUCGGCGGCGACAAGCCGCAGCCGGACACGUCGGAGCAGAUCAACGUGUCCCCCCUCGCCCUCCUCAAGAUGCUCAAGCACGGGCGAGCCGGCGUGCCGAUGGAGGUGAUGGGGCUGAUGCUGGGCGAGUUCGUCGACGAGUACACGGUGACGGUCGCCGACGUGUUCGCCAUGCCGCAGAGCGGCACCGGCGUGAGCGUGGAGGCGGUGGACCACGCGUUCCAGAGCGAGAUGCUGGAGAUGCUCCGGCAGACGGGGCGGCCGGAGAUGGUGGUGGGGUGGUACCACUCCCACCCCGGCUUCGGCUGCUGGCUCUCCGGCACCGACAUGGCCACGCAGCAGAGCUUCGAGCAGCUGCACCCGCGCGCCGUCGCCGUGGUGAUCGACCCGGUGCAGAGCGUCAAGGGGAAGGUGGUCAUGGACGCGUUCCGCCUCGUCGACCACAUGGCGAUGGUGCUCGGCGGCGCCGCGGGCGGCGAGGCGCGGCAGACCACGUCGAACGUCGGCGCCGUCGCGCGGCCGUCGGCGGUGGCGCUCGUCCACGGCCUCGGGCGGCACUACUACUCGCUCGCCAUCAGCUACCGGAUGAAGGAGGGGGAGGAGCGGAUGCUGGCGUGCCUCAGCCGGAGCGGGUGGUCCGACGGUUUCGCGCUGCGGCGGUUCGGCGCGCACGACGCCGGCAACGAGGCGGCGGUGCGCGGGAUGCGGGACCUCGCCGUGGGCUACGGGGCGCAGGUGAGGGAGGAGGACGAGACGCCGCCGGAGAGGCUCGCCGUGGUGAGGGCGGGCAAGGUGGACGCCAAGGGGAAGCUGGAGGAGAAGGCCAUGGACGCCAUGUCCGCCAACAUCGUGCAGACGCUCGGCAUGAUGCUCGACACCGUCACCUUCUAGGAUUACUAGUUUUAUUUUUUCGUCUUUUUUUUUCAAUUUUGACCGCUGGUAAAUUUCUUUUCAAUUUUGACCUUGCCCAAUCGGCUCUUGAGCUUUAAUCUCUUAAGCAAAUAUAUAUGUUCAAGGGAUUUUUUUUUCGAUAGAUGAAAUUAUUUUUCUUGUGAAGUAUAGUACAAUAUAAAAGCAGACGCUUAUAUACAUAUACCUCUCUAUUUAUAUGAAGUUUAAAACUUAAACCUGACUAUGAAAUUAUAGUUAGGUAGUAAUAUCAGAAAUAACUUAAUUUUGUUGAAAUACUCACUUAUGAUGUUAUACAUCAGUAAAUAAAAUCGUAAAAAUUAACACAAACAAAUCAGUGUGUCAAUUGGAAUGAGAUUGGGUUAUUUUAGAACACAUAAAUUUUACAUAAAA